UCCAGAAUGUUGGGAGGUGUUGUGUGGCCCCGUGAUGUCUAAUGGCGUCUCUGCUGGGCCCCAUUUUUCAGGCCCCCAAAAUGUUUAGAGGUGAAUCUUUUUAAUGAAAUAUUGAAUGAAAUUGUAUAUGAAUUGUGGCCUCCUGCUACAUGACUGUCCUACUCUCAUCCACAACUCGAUCCAUUCCUUCUCUUUGCUCAGAACUUUCAUUAAAGGCACCAGUUGAUUCAUUGAUACAAAACUUCUGCACAAUCUGCCCCUGGAUUGCUCAGUCCCUUUAAAUCCCCAGCACUUCCGGUUCGUACGAGUCCCGCGGUAAUGACGUCAGGUUUAAAGGCAGCGCCCGCAGCUGUGAUUGGCUAGCCAGACAAACAAAAGGGGAAGCAGAUCGCGGGCCCCUAGGGGCCAAUUCCUCAAAGGCCGAGCAGAAUUUCCGGGGACACGGGAGGGGUCAGGUCCAGUCUCGGUCUCACAGUCCCCCGGUGUCCCACCCCGGCUCCGAUCAGCUGUCAGUGUCAAGGACACGCCCCAUCCGCUGUGUCAGACCAAUGAGAGCGGCCGAUGCUGGCAGGUGCGGGUGUUAUUGUUUUGGGCAGAAGUUAAAGGCCUGAGAGACUGAGAAGCUGCCCGACACUCGCUGCCCUCACACUGGCACUUCCGCUCUCACAGCCGGGGACACUCACUGACACCUCCCCGACCCCCAAACCUCAGCUCCGACCCCAAAACACCCGCUGGGACCCGGGAACUCGGGGAGAAGCCCCCCAUGAGGAGAGACAUGAACGGGGUCACCAAGAGCCGCUUUGAGAUGUUCUCAAACAACGACGAGGCUCUGAUUAAUAAGAAACUUCCCAAGGAAUUGCUGCUCAGGAUCUUCUCUUUCCUGGAUGUGGUUACCUUGUGUCGGUGUGCGCAGGUCUCUAGGGCCUGGAAUGUUCUCGCUCUGGACGGCAGCAACUGGCAAAGGAUAGACCUGUUUGAUUUCCAGAGGGAUAUUGAGGGCCGUGUGGUAGAGAAUAUAUCCAAGCGCUGCGGGGGGUUUCUUAGAAAGCUGAGCUUACGUGGAUGUCUCGGUGUAGGGGACAACGCUCUCAGAACCUUCGCUCAGAACUGUAGGAACAUUGAAGUGUUAAAUUUAAACGGCUGCACAAAGAUCACAGACACAACGUCCACGAGCCUCAGUAAAUUCUGCUCCAAGUUGCGGCAACUGGACCUGGCCUCCUGCACAUCCAUCACUAACUUGUCCCUCAAGGCAAUCAGCGAGGGCUGUCCUCAACUGGAGCAACUGAACAUCUCGUGGUGCGAUCAGAUCAGUAAGGACGGGGUCCAGGCUUUAGUAAAAGGCUGCGGGGGGCUCCGUCUUCUCUCUCUCAAAGGCUGCACACAGCUGGAAGAUGAAGCGCUGAAGUUUAUCGGCUCCCACUGUCCAGAACUUGUCACGUUAAAUCUCCAGGCGUGUUCACAGCAAAUCACAGACGACGGUCUCAUCACAAUAUGUCGUGGAUGCCACAAGCUCCAGUCUCUUUGUGCCUCCGGCUGCGCCAACAUCACAGACUCCAUUCUCAAUGCACUCGGACAAAACUGCCCCCGGCUCAGAAUACUUGAAGUCGCACGAUGUUCCCAGCUGACAGAUUUGGGAUUCACCACUUUGGCAAAGAACUGUCAUGAGCUGGAGAAGAUGGACCUGGAGGAAUGUGUACAGAUCACAGACAGUACCCUCAUCCAGCUUUCCAUACAUUGUCCCAGGCUGCAGGUACUGAGCCUGUCCCACUGUGAGUUAAUCACCGACGACGGGAUCCGCCAUUUAGGGAACGGAGCCUGUGCCCACGACCGGCUGGAGGUCAUCGAGUUGGAUAAUUGUCCCCUUAUCACCGACGCAUCUCUCGAGCACCUCAAGAGCUGCCAGAGCCUAGAGAGAAUAGAACUCUAUGACUGCCAACAGAUCAGCAGAGCUGGCAUCAAAAGGCUGCGGACUCAUCUUCCAAACAUUAAAGUUCAUGCCUACUUUGCCCCCGUCACCCCUCCUCCGUCAGUGGGGGGAAGCAGACAGCGCUUCUGCAGAUGUUGUGCCAUUCUAUGAGACAAGGGACCCCUCGGCUUCCCCCACCCACGUGGGGCUUCAGACGGACUCAUUCAGCGGAGAAUGCGCCAACUGGGGGCGGUGGGGGGAGAAAAUGCCACUUCUCAAGAGAGAAAGAGCUCAUCCACCCUCUUCUCCCCACUGUUAGGGUGUGGUUGGGCUCACCCCAUUAUUUUCAUUUUAUUUUUGUUUUUUUUUUUAUUACCUGAGAAUAUUUGAGUUGAGGGUUUGCCUUGAACAUCUGGGGAACCCCACAGCACUCCGGGGAGCUAUUCCCCCCAACAUAGGAAGAGGGUCAGCUGCUGCAUUCGGGUGGAUCAUCAGAUUUGGGAUUUAGGGGAACGGCCUGCCCCCCCUUUACACCAUCUUUCCCUGGUCCUGUAUCAGCAGAGGCUUUUUGUUUUAUGAUGAUGAUGAUUAUUAAUAUUGGUGACGGAACCAACUUUGUGCCUCUGGUGGGAUGGGGGACACGGUUACCCACUAUCCUGGCUCAAUGGGAGCAGACGUUUCUGUUAUGGACAUCAGACCCCACCCAAAGAUGGACCUUCACAUGAACCCCUUCCUAUUGCCCUCGGCACCCUCUUUCAUUGUACCCCCUGGGGGAGCGUAUGGCGGAUGCUCUCCAGAUCCUUAUAAUGCAUUCCCCGAGAACCGAGAACAAAAAGAAAAAGUAAAAAAAAAAAACAAUUAUAUAAAUAUAUAUAGAGACUUUGUACAAUAUAAUUUUAAUGACGUUGCGGGUUGCUCCCUCCUCACACUCAUGUGGAUGUGAAAAUGCCAAUUAUGGAAAUCUUAAUUAAAAAGCAACGAGAUGCGAUUGGUCAGGGGUAA